UGGAGGGGGAAAAGGAAAAGAAGGAGAAGCCGGAAGUGAUGCGCGAGUAGAUCCGUGAAGACGCAGCGCACCUUUUGGCAUCGGAGCAGAGACGCGUCGCGCACAGGACCAGCAGGAAAGGACAGACUGGACCUGCUCCAAACUGAAGAAAAUGGAGGACAUCACUCCAUUAUUUCUCAACCUGAGGGACUGAACUCCAGUAGCAUCAGAAUGGCCGAUGUCUCAGACUCCUCCAUCCAGACAGCAGAGGCCACGGUUUAUUGCAAACUGUGUUUGAGUGAUUGUCCUGCGUCAGAAACGAGCACGUUGCGCUCCUGUGACUGCGUGUUCUGUACCCAGUGCUUACGUCAGUAUGUGCAGUUGGCCAUAAGGGACGGGGCUGGAUCCCCCAUCACCUGCCCAGACGUGGCCUGCAAGCGUCCUGGAGCUCUGCUGGAUUCUGAGAUCGCAUCUUUUGCUUCUGGUGAUGAAGUCAAGUUCUACCAGAGGCUCAAAUUCGAAAGAGGUAUUUCCAAGAUUCCUUAUGUUCCUGAUGCCGGUGUGAGAGAUGUGCUGUGUUUCAAAUAUUAUAAUGCAAAAGAGGUUGUGCGAGGCAGGACGAUGGAGGAUUGGCUCCGAUUCUCUGUGUGUUACUGGCACUCGUUUUGUGGAACUGGUGCUGACCCGUUCGGAUCUCCGACGCUGAAGAGGCCUUGGAACGAAGACGACAACGACAUGGAGAGAGCGAAGAGACGACUCAGUGCUGCUUUUGAGUUCUUCACCAAACUUGGUGUGAAGUACUACACAUUUCAUGACAGGGACAUGGCCCCCGAGGGACGCACUCUGGAGGAGUCUAAUAGGAACCUGGAUGAGAUAACAGACCUAGCACUGGAGCUGCAGAAGCAGACUGGAGUGAAGGUGCUGUGGGUCACCUGCAACCUGUUUGCUCAUCCCCGAUAUAUGAACGGAGCUGCAAGUAACCCAGACUGCCACGUUUUUGCCUUUGCCGGAGCUCAGCUGAAGAAAGGACUUGAGAUCGCCAAGAAACUGCAGGCUGAGAACUUCGUGUUCUGGGGAGGCCGUGAAGGCUUCGUCUCUGCUCUCAACACAGACGUCAAGGCUGAACUCAAGCACAUGGCCAGCUUUUUCAGAAUGGCCGUGGCUUAUAAAGAGAAGAUCGGCUUAAAGUGUCAGUUUCUCAUCGAGCCCAAGCCGAAGGAACCGUGCAAGCACCAGUACGACUACGACGCGAUGAGUGUUAUUGGGUUUCUUAAGCACUUUGGACUGGACAAAGACUUUAAACUGAACAUCGAGCCCAAUCACACGAGCCUGGCUGGACAUUCUUACGAACACGACAUCAUCAUGGCCUCUGUAUUUGGAAUGCUGGGGUCUGUGGAUGCCAACACAGGCUCUCCCGACUUGGGCUGGGACACGGAUCAGUUCCCCAUGGACAUCAGAAAUACCACCUUGGUGAUGAAGGCUGUUAUAGAGCAGGGUGGCCUGCAGCCUGGAGGAUUAAAUUUUGAUGCCAAGGUCCGGAGGGAAUCGACUGAGCUGGAGGAUUUGUUCAUCGCUCACAUUGGCGCCAUGGAUGCUUUCGCUCGAGGCCUCAGAAACGCAGACAAGAUGAUUGAGGAAGGAGUUAUGCAAAAUAUGCUGCAGGAACGCUACAUGAGCUUCAGCCACGGGAUUGGACUAAAGGUGGAAGAGUCCAGUUGUUCACUGGAGGAUCUGGAGGAAUUCAUCAAGCAAAACGGAGAGCCUAAAGUUAUAUCAGGGAAACAAGAGCGAUAUGAAGUGGUCUUUAAUCGUUACUUGUGAGAGUCAUUUGCAGAGAGACGAAGUAACGGAUUAAUAAAUUUCAAGUCAAGUCAAGAAGCUUUUAUUGUCAUUUCAACCAUAUAUAGCUGUUGCAGUACACAGUGAAAUGAGACGACGUUUCUCCGGGAUCAUGGAGCUGCAUGACACAAAGACAGAGAUAAUUAAGGACUUAUUAAGUAGUCCUAGCCACAUAAAAAGUGCAACUGUGCAACAGCAACUUUUUGCAAGCAAUUUUUUUUUAAAUCCAAUAAUUUAUUGAUUAAUGUUAUUAUAAUGUUAUACUUCAAUGAUAACACAUCAAGAAGUUGCCAGUACGGAGCGAUAAUAAACGUAUUAUCACUAAUGAUUUCACUAAAAAAAAAAAAACAAAAACAAACAAACAAAAAAAACCACUACAGCUUAUAAACACGUCAAUAAAGAGAUGCAGAGAUUUGAACUGAUUUAAAUCUUGAAUUAAUUGGUCUUUAAUUAAAUCCCGCAUUAAUUGGUGUUUUUAAUGAAAUAUCUUAAGGAAUAUGAAAGACUGGAAAAUACAGAAUGUUGCGUAGAUUGAAUACUCGGUAUGUAGACAUUUCUACCUGGUGCACUUGGUGUUCAUAUAAUUAAACAAUGUCUUCUGUCUCAUGAAUAAAAAGCCAAACAAUUAAUAAUAGCCAAAAUAUUAUUCUACGCAUUUAAUGCGAAUGCAUUUGAUGUAAUGUGAAUUUAAUGCAUUAUAUCACAUAUCACAUGUAGAUAGUCAACAACUUGAGAAUUCUAUCUUAGUUUUGUUUUAUUUAGACAAUACACCAAACCCUGUACACAACAUCCCAGGCAUUAUCAUAUCAUAUAUCAUAUAUCAUAUCACGUUAGUCUUGAGAAAUAAAACCUAUGACUUUUA